AUGACCGCAAACGGAGCAACACCAAGGUGGAGGGUAGCGGUAGGCUGUGACGAAGCUGGCGUGACAUACAAGGACACCAUAAAAGCCGACCUUUCCAAGGACCCGCGAGUCGAACACAUUGAAGACGUCGGGUCGUUCGCCACAGAUGACAAGACUGCCUACCCUCACCGCGCGGCGGCAGCAGCCCGUCUAGUCGCCGACGGGAAGGUGGACCGCGCUCUCUUGAUUUGCGGGACAGGGCUCGGGGUUGCCAUCACCGCCAACAAGGUGAAGGGUGUCAGGGCGGUCACGGCGCAUGACUCCUUCUCUGUCGAGCGGGCGGUGCUGAGCAAUAAUGCCCAGGUGCUCUGCAUGGGUGAGCGAGUGAUCGGGUUGGAGCUGGCACGCAGGCUCGCCAAGGAGUGGCUUGGGUACGUGUUUGACGAGAAGAGUGCCAGCGCCAGCAAGGUCGAGGCUAUUCGCGACCUUGAGAGGGGCGCCGAGUGA